AUGGAUGGUCCUAGUCUCAAGAACUUGCGCAUGAUGCAAAAACUCUGUGGAGCUAACUCUCUAAAAAACGUUGUUCUGGCUACUACAAUGUGGGAGAAGGUGGAUAUGAGACAAGGAAUGGAACGCGAAUUGGAGCUACAGAAAAACUUUUGGAAAGAUAUGAUCAAUGAAGGCUCGACUGUUGCAAAGAUAAUGACUGAAACUGGUGGUGAGGCUCGCGAACUAGUCGUAUCACUGCUAAAUAACCAGCCGCUAUCAACCAAGUUGCAGGAAGAGCUUCAAAGCGGAACAGCACUUGUUCAAACGGAAGCCGGAACCGAGAUCAGGGCAGAAAUGAUAAAACUGAUCCUGAAGUUGAGGAAUGCUCACGAGGCUGAUAUUGCUGACCUGAAGCUUGCCCAACAAGCACACGACCUGAAGCUUGCGAGACAAAUCACAGCUGAAAUCCAGGAGAGUCAACGCAGGAUAAAUCGAUUGGAGGCCGAAAAGACAGAGUUGCAAAACCUAAACCUGAAACCGUGGCCAAGGGUAAAAAGAAAAGGUAUUUUCGGAAUUGGCGGUUAUCAUUGCCGAGUGUGCAAUCAAAAGACAAAUCAAGUUGGAAGAUGGACAUGUAAUGGUUGCAAGAAUCAGCAGAGGAAUAUGUGGUAG